AUAGUUUGAUGGACUUUCUCUCUUUUGUGCAGUUGAGAAAAUAAAAGGACUUUCUCUCUCUUCUCUCUCUAGAUCUUUUAGAGAGAGGAAGUUUCUGAUGCUCAAACUUGGCUCCGACAAUAGCCAGCUUUUUUAGUGGUGUUGGUUGGCUUCCUUCUGGCGUCGUUAGCUCCUUUAGCAACGUCGGCUAGCUUUUCUCCGACAUCGGUGGUUUCUUUAGCACCGUUGGUCGGCUUCGUUCUUCAAAUUUAGUUUUUGCCUUUCAACCUUGUUCGAUUCUAUUUUGCUUCGGUUUUAAUUGGUUUUGAUUUCUCUUUCUCUUCAUUUCGAUCUAAAUUUGUAAUUUUUCGAUCCUCCCUUCUUUAAGGGGCUUAAUUUGUUCUUCAAGCUUAUUGAGUUUUCAUUUUAAAAGAUCAAAUUUUUAGUUACGGAUUGAAGUUUAAUUUAGUGUCUUUUGUUUGAUUUUGAUGAAAUUAGAGCUGUUGUUUGUCUUUCUUGUUGCCGAUGCUUGUUGAAUCGUUUGGGUUUAUGUUGUUUUUCCUUUAAAUGGCAGAAGUCGAAGUCGAUAGUUUGUGAGCUAUUUCUUUCUUGAAGGUUUUAAAUUUUACAGUCAUUGUCACAGAAGAUUUGUCAAUUGUCUCAUCGGAUUUGUAGCUGCUUCCGAUUUGGCGUUUACAGCAAUUCCGGUGAACUUAAGUUUUUUGUGGUUAUGAUUCUCCACCUGCGACAUUCUGCAACUCAUCAUUUUCUGUUUCCACGUGUCCUCUUUACCGUGUCUCUAGUGCCAUGUGGGCUUUGACUUAUUAGCACAUUAGCUUUCUCUUCUUCAGAAGGUGGUCUUUGGGCUUUUGUCCGUUUAUGGCCUGUUAUAUGGCUUUGUAAAAUAUGGCUUGUUAAAAGGCUUUGUAAUAUAAAUAAUAAAACAGUUGUGACAAAAAAAAAAAAAUAUAUAGUUUGAUGGUGAUUGGUGAACUUCUUUUUUUUCCAAGAUUGCAGUAAACGUCGUCUUUAGCUCCAAAAACAACCUUUGUCUUGUUCAGCUAAUGGCGAUUUUUGAAUGGCGGCACAGAAGACGGCCAUUCGACGGCGGAGGAACUCGUCGCCGUCGUUUCUUCAGCCCAUUGUAUUCGAGAAAUUUCAAGAGAACGAUUCUCUUCGCUGUGAUUUUCUUAGCUAUCUUCCCUCCUCUCUACUUCCAUUUCAAGCUCCGACGAAUUCGUCAGAUUGUCGCGCAAAAGUGCGAUUGGCUUCACCAUCCUCCACUUGUCUGUGCUCACGGCGGCGAUUCCACCCUCGCUUUCCCAAACACUAUGGACGCUUACAGUUUCGCUAUACGUUCUCGAGUUGAUUGCAUUGAAGUCGAUGUUUCUCGUUCCUCCGAUGGUGUUUUAUUCGCUCUUCACAACAGGGAUCUGCAGCGUAUUGCUCGUAACUCUUCUGUUCAAGUUGGAGAUCUGAGUAUGAAACAGAUCAAGGAACUCGAUGUCUCGGAGAUUGUUAAAGGAACCUUGGGAAGUAGUAGGAUUCCUACUCUUGAAGAGGCUUUAGCGUUGAUAUCGAAUUCAGUCCGGAAAGUGAUCCUUGAUGCCAAAGUUGGACCGCCAAUGUAUGAAAAGGGGUUAGCACAAGACAUCCUUUCUAUUAUUGAGAGAGCGCAGUGCAAUAAUUGCAUCGUAUGGGCCAAAAGCGACACUUUGGCUAGGGACAUAAUUAGACGAGCACCAGAUACUAUGGUGGGAUACAUUGUGAUGGUAGAUCCUUUGACUGGGGCGAGAAACAGCCUGCUGAGAAUGAAGGGAGCUAGGGUUGUGGGAGUUUAUCAUCCCUUGAUCGAUGAAGAAUUAGUUAGAGUUGUCCGUCGGAGAAACAAAGAGGUGUAUGCAUGGACUGUGGAUGAUGCUGAUCCCAUGAAAAGGAUGCUUCACUUAGGUGUGGAUGCUGUUGUGACGAGCGAUCCAUCUAUGUUUCAGGGUCUCAUGGAAGAUCUUAGAACUGAGUGUCUUGAAGAAGGUUUUUCAAUACGGACGUGAGAAUUUCUUUUUCGAGCAUUCUUAAUGACUGUAAUACCAACUCAGAAGUUUUUGGCAAAGAUCUUUCUUUAUGUUGUUUUGCUGAUCCACAAGUUUUUGACAACUACACACUACGACGCCUUGAUACACAGUAAGACGAGUCUUUCUCAAGAAAAGCAAAGUAUGGCCGGUUCUUGAUGAAGCCAUUGCUUCUAUCGAUACAGCUACUGAUAAUCUGAUCCAGGAGACUCUGAGGCAACACUUUUCGGACUGCACAGUGAAAACAAUCUCACACAGAUAUCUUCUUUUAUACAUAACGAUAUGAGCCUGCUCCUAGAACAAGGUCUAAUACACUUGUAUUUAAGUUUAAAUAAUCAGAUGACUGAUAUUAAGUCUGUUUAUAUAAU